AUGGCCAACUCUUGCUGCUCCCCUUGCUGCCAGCCUACCUGCUGCAGGACUACCUGCUGCAAACCAGCUUGUGUGACCAGCUGCUGCAGCCCACCAUGCUGCCAGCCCAGCUGCUGUAAAACCACCUGCUGUAGGACCACCUACUAUAAGCCAACCUGUGUGACCAGCUGCUGCCAGCCCAGCAGCUAUGAAACCACCUGCUGUAGGACCACAUGCUGUAAGCCAACUUGUGUGACCAGCUGCUGCCAGCCUAGCUGCUGUGAAACCACUUGCUGUAGGACUACCUGCUGUAAGCCAGCCCUGACCAGCUGCUAUAACACAUCCUGCUCCCAACCCAGCAGCUGUGAAACUACUUGCUGCAAACCAGCCUGUGUGACCAGCUGCUGCAGCCCACCCUGCUGUCAGCCCAGCUGCUGUGAAACCACCUGCUACAGGACCACCUGCUGUAAGCCAACUUGUGUGACCAGCUGCUGCCAGCCUAGCUGCUGUGAAACUACCUGCUGCAAACCAGCCUGUGUGGUCAGCUGUUGCAGCCCACCAUGCUGCCAGCCAAGUUGCUGUAAAACCACCUGCUGUAGAACCACCUACUAUAAGCCAACCUGUGUGACCAGCUGCUGCCAGCCCAGCAGCUGUGAAGCUACCUGCUGUAGGACCACCUGCUGUAAGCCAACCUGUGUGACCAGCUGCUGCCAGCCUAGCUGCUGUGAAACCACCUGCUGUAAGACCACCUGCUGUAAGCCAACUUGUGUGACCAGCUGCUGCCAGCCUAGCUGCUGUGAAACCACCUGCUGCAAACCAGCUUGUGUGACCAACUGUUGCAGCCCACCAUGUUGCAGCCCACAAUGCUGCCAGCCCAGCUGUUGUGAAACCACCUGCUGUAGGACCACCUGCUGUAAGCCAACCUGUGUGACCAGCUGCUGCCAGCCCAGCUGUUGUGAAACCACCUGCUGUAGGACCACCUGCUGUAAGCCAACCUGUGUGACCAGCUGCUGCCAGCCUAACUGCUGUGAAACUACCUGCUGCAAACCAGCCUGUGUGGUCAGCUGUUGCAGCCCACCAUGCUGCCAGCCAAGUUGCUGUAAAACCACCUGCUGUAGGACCACCUACUAUAAGCCAACCUGUGUGACCAGCUGCUGCCAGCCCAGCUGUUGUGAAACCACCUGCUGUAGGACCACCUGCUGUAAGCCAACCUGUGUGACCAGCUGCUGCCAGCCUAGUUGCUGUGAAACCACCUGCUGUGAACCAGCCUGUGUGACUACCUACUGCAGCCUACCCUGCUACCAGCCCAGCUACUGUGAAACCACCUGUUGCCAGCCUAGCUGCCCAAUCUGCUGUGAAACCACCUGCUGA